UGUUCCCCCUCGUCUUUCAAAAGUUCACCGUCCCACGCCAACAAUCGUAGACACUUGCCAGGAACUUUCCUCUUCUUUUUUAAAGUACUCAAAAACCGCAUUCACACCAACCUGUCGCCUCACGUCUCUAUUUCAUCCCUUUUUUUAUUUUUUAUUAUUUCAAUUCUAUUUUUUCUUCAUCAAAAUCCUCCUCAUUAUUACCAAUCACAGUCUUUCUUGUUGUGUUCACAUCUGUUUUUGGGUAUUUUGUCAAUCAGAACAAUUGCAUCUGUUCAUACCCAGUUUCCCUUUCUGCGUUUUUUUGUCUUAUGAUGUAGCUACUUUCUCAAUAUUCUUUAGCAGCUGGUUACUUCUGAAAUUCGACGGGAUGAAUGACAAAUCAGUGCCGCAGCAGCAGCGGAGGAGAAAGGUAGCGAAAACUGAAGUCGCCAAUGGAAGCGGCGGUGGCGAUGGAGGCGAUACGGAGGGGACAGAGACAAAUGGGUUGACAAAGAUUAUUACGUCUUUCUUUUUUGUUGAGGAGCAAGAGAAGUCCGAUAAAUCCCAGGUAGAAGAUAAGAUGAUGUUCGAGGCUAACCAUAAGAAAGAACACGGUGAUGUCUUUGAUACAUCCAACCCGAUUAAAAAGCGUAAGUCUCGAACAGCUAAGCCAGCUGCCUCGAUUCCUUCGGAUGCAGCUGCUGCAGUUGACUUUGGGUACGAUUUGAAUCUAGCUACCAGUAGCGGUGGAGUAGCGACGGAGAAAGGUGGCGAUGGCCCACAAAGGAGGCUAUGGGUCAAGAAUCGAUCACAAGAUUGGUGGGAUAAGUACAACAGUUCAGAUGUUUCAGAAGAUGAGUUCCGAAAAGCCUUCCAAAUGGGGAAAGAUACGUUUGAGAUGAUAUGCAAUGAGCUUACAGCUUCUGUUGCCAAAGAGAACACCAUGUUAAGAGACGCAGUUCCUGUAAGGCAAAGAGUUGCUGUCUGUAUAUGGAGAUUAGCAACCGGAGAAUCUUUAAGACUUGUUUCAAAAAGAUUCGGAUUAGGCAUCUCUACAUGUCACAAGCUUGUUCUUGAGGUUUGCUCUGCUAUAAAAGAUGUGUUGAUGCCAAAGUAUCUCCAAUGGCCAAAUGACGACUCCAUGAGAGUAAUCACCAACGAAUUUGAAUCACUUUCAGGUAUACCAAACGUUGUAGGAUCAAUGUACACAACUCAUAUACCAAUAAUCGCUCCAAAAGUUAACGUAGCUGCUUACUUUAAUAAGCGUCAUACAGAUAGAAAGCAAAAAACUUGUUAUUCUGUAACAGUUCAAGGAGUUGUGGACCCACGUGGGGUGUUCACAGAUGUGUGUAUCGGGUGGCCUGGAUCGAUGCCAGAUGAUCAAGUGUUGGAAAAAUCCGCACUUUAUCAAAGAGCAAAUGGAGGACUUUUAAAAGGUGUAUGGAUUGUGGGUGGAUCUGGAUACCCUUUAAUGGAUUGGGUCCUCGUACCCUACACACAACCACAUUUAACAUGGACUCAACAUGCUUUUAAUGAGAAGAUCGGUGAUGUUCAGAAGGUAUCUAAGGAUGCUUUUGCAAGAUUGAAAGGUAGGUGGACAUGUUUACAGAAGAGAACAGAAAUGAAGCUUCAAGAUCUACCAGUGGUGCUUGGGGCGUGUUGUGUUUUGCAUAAUAUAUGUGAAAUGAGGAGGGAAGAGAUUGAACCCGAGUUGAUGAAUGAAGUUGUGGAUGAUGAAAUGGUUCCUGAUAUUGCAUUGAGGUCUGCAGUUGCAAUGAAGGCGAGAGACUCAAUGGCACAUAAUCUUUUGCACCAUAAUCAUGCUGGAACUUCAUUCUUGUCAUGAUCAAUUGCACAUAUCACUGUGAGUUUGUUUCAUUACAUAUGUUUUCAUAUAUCGUUGGUGUUGAAUCACAAACAUGGUCUACAAAGAUUUCUUUGUCUUGUGGGACUACGACAUCAUCAUUUUGUUUUUGUUUUUUGAAUACGCGCGGCUUCUUUGAUGUGUAUACCCUUCUACAAGUAUAUGAAUAUUUGGCAUAUAGCUAGGAGGAGGUUAUAGACUGUUGCAUAUACAAGUUGUAAUUUGGUUCUUAUACAUUUUUAAAUCAACAGUGGAUGAAUGAAUCCAAAGUCCAAACAUUUUGUUUAA